AUGGCCCAGACGAAAGAAGAUGAUGUAUUCGGUGUCUCAACGGACGAGGAUCUUACCCUUGAGCAUCUGGGGUACCAACAAGAAUUUCGACGCUCGUAUAGUUUGUUUGAUAUGGUAGGGUUCAGCUUCAGCAUCGUUACCUGUUGGACUGCACUGAGUGGCGUUUUUAUCGUCGGCGUGGAAGCCGGCGGCCCACCCGUUAUGAUCUUUGGCUGGGUCGGAGUCUGUGUAUUUACGUUACUUAUUGGAUUGGCCAUGGCCGAAAUGUGUUCACGCUGGCCGGUGGCAGGAGGUCAGUACUCCUGGGUGGCCAUGCUGGCUCCCCCACGAGUGUCUCGGCAGCUUUCCUAUAUAACAGGAUGGUACAUGCUCACAGGAAUACUUGCAAUGGGCGCAGUGAACAACUCCUUCGCAUCCAACUACAUCUUGGGCCAGGCCAAUCUGGUUUUCCCAUCUUUCAUCAUUGAGCGAUGGCACACUGUCUUAGUUGCUUGGGCUGUCGGGAUUCUCGCUCUAAGUGUUAAUGUGUUUGCACCACAGGCGCUGCAUCGAGUUGCACGACUUAUCCUCCUGUGGAAUAUUUUCUCCUUCAUCGUUGUGAUUAUCACUCUCUUGGCAACCAACGACCAUAAACAAGAUGCCAGCUUCGUCUUUCAGGACUUCCAAAACAUGACCGGAUUUGGCUCCGCCAUGGCUACCGUAGUAGGAAUUCUACAAAGCCUCUUCGGCAUGUGCUGCUAUGAUGCAGCCAGCCAUAUGACGGAAGAGAUGACCCACGCAAGCCGAGACGCUCCAAAAGCAAUUGUGCUGUCAGUCUUACUGGGAGCUAUCACUGGCUUUAUCUUUCUUCUUACUUUGUGUUUCUGUAUUGGUGAUAUUGCAGCAACGGCGAAAUCAACUACAGGAGUGCCGGUAAUCCAGAUCUUCUACAACUCGACCCAGAGCAAAGUGGGGACUUGCAUUUUGGCGAGUAUGAUGACUGUCAUUCUCGUUGUGGCAUCCAUUAGCUUGGUGGCAGAAGGAUCUCGAUCAGUUUAUGCCUUUGCACGAGACCAUGGUCUGCCGUUUUCUGGCGUGUUGUCGAAGGUUGAACCGAGGAAAAAAAUCCCAUUAUACGCCAUCUUUUUGACCUUGACGGUCCAGGUGGGUCUAAACGCGAUUUACUUUGGUACAGAGACGGGCUUCAAUACUGUAGUGUCAAUAGCAGCCACUGGAUUUUAUGUCUCCUAUGGUCUUGUCCUAUUUUCCCGACUACUUGGCUAUUUCUUCAGCCACCAGACCUCAUCAUUCACAGGGCCAUAUUCAUUGCCACUUCCACUUUCUCUGAGCUUCAAUGGGAUAGGGUUGCUCUUCCUGCUUUUUGCUGUCAUCAACUUCAACUUCCCUUCUGAGGCCCCUAUUACCGCGGUUUCGAUGAACUAUACCUGUGCAGCGAUUGGACUGGUGAGCUUGCUUAGCAUUGUGACAUGGUUUACCACUGCAUCAAAUCGCUUCACAGGCCCAUCGGAUGUUAGAAAUCUGGUGGUCAACGGCGUGGAAGGCGUAUCGACAUUGCAGCCUAUCCUUGACAUGAAGCCAAGCAAGGAAAGAUAA